CCGCCACCGCACCCAGCUAAUUUUUGUAUUUUUAGUAGAGACAGGGUUUCGCCAUGUUGGCCUGGUCUUGAAUUCCCGGCCUCAAGUGAUCCGCCUGUCUUGGCCUCUCAAAGUGUUAAGAUUACAGACGCCAGGAGCCUGAAUGGGGAACGAUUCUGUCAGCUACGAGUAUGGGGAUUACAGCGACCUCUCGGACCUCCCUGUGGACUGCCUGGAUGGCACCUGCCUGGACAUCGACCCGCUGCGCGUGGCCCCGCUCCCACUGUAUGCCGCCAUCUUCCUGGUGGGGGUGCCAGGCAAUGCCAUGGUGGCCUGGGUGGCUGGGAAGGAGGCCCGCCGGAGGGUGGGUGCCACCUGGUUGCUCCACCUGGCCGUGGCGGAUUUGCUGUGCUGUUUGUCUCUACCUAUCCUGGCAGUGCCUAUUGCCCGUGGAGGCCACUGGCCGUAUGGUGCAGUGGGCUGUCGGGCGCUGCCCUCCGUCAUCCUGCUGACCAUGUAUGCCAGCGUCCUGCUCCUGGCAGCUCUCAGUGCCGACCUCUGCUUCCUGGCUCUCGGGCCUGCCUGGUGGUCUACGGUUCAGCGGGCGUGCAGGGUGCAGGUGGCCUGUGGGGCAGCCUGGACACUGGCCUUGCUGCUCACUGUGCCCUCCGCCAUCUACCGCCGGCUGCACCAGGAGCACUUCCCUGCCCGGCUGCAGUGUGUGGUGGACUACGGAGGCUCCUCCAGCACCGAGAAUGCAGUGACUGCCGUCCGGUUUCUUUUUGGCUUCCUGGGGCCCUUGGUGGCCGUGGCCAGUUGCCACGGUGCCCUCCUGUGCCGGGCAGCCCGACACUGCUGGCCACUGGGCAUGGCCAUUGUGGUGGGGUUUUUUGUCUGCUGGGCACCCUACCACCUGUUGGGGCUGAUGCUCACUGUGGCGGCCCCGAACUCUGCACUCCUGGCCAGGGCCCUGCGGGCUGAACCCCUCAUCGUGGGCCUUGCCCUCGCUCACAGCUGCCUCAAUCCCAUGCUCUUCCUGUAUUUUGGGAGGGCUCGACUCUGCUGGUCACUGCCAGCCGCCUGUCAUUGGGCCCUGAGGGAGUCCCAGGGCCGGGAUGAAAGUGUGGACAGCAAGAAAUCCACCAGCCAUGACCUGGUCUCGGAGUUGGAGGUGUAGGCUGGAGAGACACUGUGGAUGUGUAUCUUCCUAUCUCAUUUCAUAAGACUGGCUUCAGGCAUAGCUGGAUCCAGGAGCUCAAUGAGGUCUUCAUUUUAUUCCUUCCUUCAUUCAACAAAUAUCCAUCAUGCACUUGCUAUGUGCAAGGCCUUUUUAGGCACUGGAGAUAUAGCAGUGACCAAAACAGACACAAAUCCUGCCCUCAGGGAGCUGACAUUCUAGUGGAGGAAGACAGACUAUAAACAAAGAUAUAUAGGGCCAUUUGUGGUGGCUCACGCCUGUA